AAUUAAAAGCAAACGUAAAAGCUUCCUUCUUUUCCUUGAAAUUUAAGUUCAAAAUGUUGAAAUGAUCUUGGAAGGUGUAAAGCAGAAACUUCUGAAAAAUAUAGUUUGUGGUAUUUAGGGUUUCCAAGGAAGACCAAGAAGAAGAAGAUCAACAACGCAUAACUCUGCUGAAAUAAUCGGUAGAGAAUGUACGAGGAUAGUUCUUGUUUUGAUCCUAAUCCAACGGUGGAAGCAACCGUCGACAACAACGGCGGCUACUAUGACUCAACCACGGCGACAGAAACAGAUUUUACGGUAAGUCAACAGUUCCAACCACCGGUCAUGAUCUCCGGGAGCACAAUAAACACCUUCAGCGACGAGCUUAAGCUCCCAACAAUGGAUGAGUUCUCUGUCUUCCCACCUGUUGUCUCUUUCCCAAACUCAGAUAGUCAGAACCAAAUCAGCAAUGACAACAACAACCAUCUGAUCCGACAGAUGAUACACGACUCAAACUGGGCUGCUUCUGUAGACAACUAUGGAUUCUUCAUGAACACUUCAGAUCAAAACACAACAACAACUCCAACUCCUGAUCUUCUCAGCCUCUUGCAUUUGCCUAAAUGCUCAGUUCCAUUACCAAGCUCAAACCUAUCGGAUAUAAUGCCUGGUUCUUGCAUCUCAUACGACCCGCUCUUCCACUUAAACCUUCCUCCACAGCCUCCAUUGAUCCUUACUGCUGAUGACUACUCAGGGUUCUUUCUAGGAACCGAUACCAAUACUACUAAUACUCAAAGAGAUCAGCACAAUGUUGGUGAUGAGAACAACAAUGAUCAGUUUGAUAGUGGAAUCAUUGAGUUUAGCAAAAACAUUAGGCGUAAAAGAAGAGGAAAGCAAAAGAACAAGCCUUUCACGACAGAGCGUGAGCGAAGAUGUCACUUGAAUGAGCGGUACGAGGCCUUGAAACUGCUCAUUCCUAACCCUAGCAAGGGAGAUAGAGCAUCCAUUCUUCAAGAUGGAAUUGAUUACAUUAACGAGUUGCGCAGAAGAGUGAGCGAGCUUAAAUUUUUGGUUGAGAGGAAAAGAUGUGGUGGGAGACACCAGAACAAUAAUGAAGUGGAGAACAAUAAUAACUUAGAUGAUCUUAAUAUUGUCGAUGAUGAUGAUGAAAACAUGGAGAAGAAGACUGAGAGUGAUGUAAUAGACCAGUGUUCAAGCAACAACACACUGAGGUGUUCAUGGCUGCAAAGGAAAUCAAAACUGACAGAAGUUGAUGUUAGGAUUGUUGAUGAUGAAGUAACAAUCAAAGUUGUUCAGAAAAGGAAGAUUAAUUGUUUGUUGGUUGUCACCAAAGUGAUUGAUCAUCUACAUCUCGAUCUUCACCAUGUCUCUGGAGGACAGAUUGGUGAGCAUUAUAGUUUCUUGCUUAACACUAAGAUAAAUGAAGGAUCAACAAUAUAUGCAAGCGCAAUAGCAAACAAAGUUAUUGAAGUUGUUGAUCAACACAACAUGGCUGCUCUUCCCAUCAACAACUACUAAUUAUUAGGCUAACUUUAUAUAUUUCUAACUUUUGUAUUCUAUGUUUAGUCAUUUUCAGGACUAAAUAAAAUCUUUUUUGGAGCUA